UCCCUCCCCCUGGAUGCAGGCACGGCUGGUAAAUUCCAACUGAAAAAUAAAAGCCGAGCUCUGCUGAGUCAUAGAGCCCUGGGAGCCGAGCGCCCGCGCGGGCCGGAGCCUCCGGGAGCCGGAAGGAGGCAGCGCAGGUGAUGGAGAAAAUGUAGCAGAGCCGCAGCGCGGUGCUACCUGCCCGAAAGGUGCGGACAGCCCAGCCUAGACGCGCGGCCCUCCCUGGGCCCCCGUGGGCCACCCUCACCAUGUCCAAGAAGGGCACGGGCGGCCGAGGCAAGGGGGACAAGACGGAGGCCUUCGCUGCUCUGCAGGCUGCCAACGAGGAGCUUCGGGCCAAGCUCACCGACAUCCAGAUUGAGCUGCAGCAGGAGAAGAGCAAGGUGAGCAGGGUGGAGAGGGAGAAGACCCAGGAGCUGCGGCAGGCGCGGGAGCACGAGCAGCACAAGAACGCCGUCCUGCUCACCGAGCUCAAGACGAAGCUGCACGAGGAGAAGAUGAAGGAGCUGCAGGCCGUGCGGGAGACGCUGCUGCGGCAGCACGAGGCCGAGCUACUCCGGGUCAUCAAGAUCAAGGACAACGAGAACCAGCGGCUGCAGGCGCUGCUGCACGCCCUGCGCGACGGCGCCCCCGACAAGGUCAAGACCGUGCUGCUGUCGGAGGCCAAGGAGGAGGCCAAGAAGGGAUUUGAGGUGGAGAAGAUAAAAAUGCAGCAGGAGAUCUCUGAGCUCAAGGGGGCCAAGAAGCAGGUGGAGGAGGCGCUGACCAUCGUGAUCCAGGCUGACAAGAUCAAGGCCGCGGAGAUCAGGAGCGUGUACCACCUGCACCAGGAGGAGAUCUCCCGGAUCAAGAAGGAGUGUGAGCGGGAGAUCCGCCGGCUGAUGGAGGAGAUAAGAUUUAAAGACAGAGCAGUCUUCGUGCUGGAGAGAGAGUUAGGGGUUCAAGCCGGGCAUGCUCAGAGACUGCAGCUGCAAAAAGAGGCUUUAGAUGAGCAGCUGUCCCAGGUCAAAGAGGCUGAUCGGCACCUGGGCAGCCCCAGACGGGAACUUCCUUAUGCAGGCGGUGCAGGAGACGCCUCAGACCACUCGGGAAGCCCUGAACAGCAGUUGGAUGAAAAGGAUGCUCGGCGCUUCCAACUUAAAAUUGCAGAGCUGAGUGCCAUCAUUCGCAAACUGGAGGACCGGAAUGCCUUGCUGUCGGAAGAAAGGAACGAGCUGUUAAAGCGUUUAAGAGAAGCUGAGAGUCAAUACAAGCCAUUGCUGGAUAAAAACAAGCGCCUUACUCGGAAGAAUGAAGAUCUGUCCCAUACUUUGCGUCGGAUAGAAAACAAGUUAAAGUUUGUCACGCAGGAGAACAUAGAGAUGAGACAGAGAGCCGGGAUCAUAAGGAGACCCAGCUCCUUAAACGACCUGGACCAAAGUCAGGACGAACGAGAAGUUGACUUCCUGAGAAUUCAAAUUCUGGAGCAGCAGCACCUCAUAGACGAGCUUUCUAAGACCCUUGAAACUGCCGGCUACGUGAAGAGUGUGCUGGAGCGAGAUAAGCUUUUAAGAUUUCGAAAGCAAAGAAAGAAAAUGGCGAAACUCCCCAAGCCGGUGGUGGUGGAGACCUUCUUUGGAUAUGACGAAGAGGCUUCUUUGGAGUCCGAUGGCUCCUCCAUCUCUUACCAAACAGACAGGACAGACCAGACGCCGUGCACCCCCGACGAUGACCUGGAGGAGGGCGUGGCCAAGGAGGAGACGGAGCUGAGGUUCCGGCAGCUGACCAUGGAGUACCAGGCCCUGCAGCGGGCCUACGCCUUGCUGCAGGAGCAGGUCGGAGGGACGCUGGACGCAGAGCGAGAAGUUAAGACCCGUGAGCAGCUCCAAGCAGAGGUGCAGAGGGCCCAGACGCGGAUAGAAGACCUUGAGCAGACCCUGGCCGAGCAGGGGCAGGACAUGAAGUGGAUUGAAGAGAAGCAAGCGCUGUAUCGAAGGAACCAAGAGCUCGUGGAGAAGAUCAAACAGAUGGAGACGGAAGAAGGUCGGUUAAGACACGAGGUCCAGGAUGCAAGAGACCAAAAUGAGCUGCUGGAGUUCCGGAUCCUGGAGCUGGAGGAAAGGGAGAGGAAGUCACCUGCUAUCAACUUCCACCACACCCCAUUCGCAGAAGGAAAGAGCCCCCUCCAGGCCUACUGCGAAGCGGAAGGGGUGACGGACAUCCUGGUCACGGAGCUGAUGAAGCAGCUGGACAUCCUGGGGGAUAACGCCGUAAGUAAUCUCACCAAUGAGGAGCAAGUGGUCGUCAUACAAGCUAGGACCGUCCUGACCUUGGCUGAAAAGUGGCUCCAGCAGAUCGAAGAGACGGAGUCGGCCCUGCACCGAAAAAUGGUUGACCUGGAGACUGAGAAGGAGCUGUUCAGUAAGCAGAAGGGCUACCUGGACGAGGAGCUGGAUUACAGGAAGCAGUCCUUGGACCAGGCUCACAGGCACAUCCUGGAGCUGGAAGCCAUGCUCUACGACGCCUUGCAGCAGGAGGCCGGGGCCAAAGUGGCCGAGAUUCUGUCGGAGGAGGAGCGCGAGAAGCUCAAGGCGGCCGUGGAGCAGUGGAAGCGCCAGGUCAUGAGCGAGCUGCGCGAGCGGGACGCCCAGAUCCUGCGGGAGCGCAUGGAGCUGCUGCAGCUGGCACAGCAGAGAAUUAAAGAGUUAGAAGAGAGAAUAGAAGGUCAGAAGAGGCAAAUAAAGGAACUGGAGGAAAAGCUUUCAUUCUGUGGUCAUAGCUCGCCCGGGCCCCCUGACGCGCCCCCGGAGGAGCCGGACCCCUUUCCUCCAGCUGGACCGGAGAGCAGCGGGUGCCCAGGCGGCCACACAAGACGGAGGGCAUCUUGUCUCUGCGGACCCGGCCCGACCAGGAAGAGGGAGAAGGGGGCCCUUUGAGCACCUCUGGGCAGCAACUGUCCGCUCUGUGGGCCAGAAUUAGAACUAGUUUCCGACUGGGGCUCCUCCGAAGGACGCCUGGUCUGGGCUGCUGGACCCUGGGCCUCCACAUCCCGGCGCCAGGGGUGCAUGAGUUCCCUGCUGAGCAGGCGCAGAGAGCUGCUUCUGUGCGGAAGCAUCCAGAGCCCCGUGCUCCCGUUCGUGGACCCUGAAUCACGCGACACACGUCUCAGAUGAACGGACACAGGCACCCCACAAAAUGACCCAAGGAAGCCGGUGACCACAGAGGUGACCUUCAAUCGGGGAGGCCCAGAUGGGUCCUGGGGGGUGUUCUGAGGACAGCUUCCCAGGCCACCUCAGGUGGCCUAGGAGGACUCGCUUGCUGGGGUCCUGGGCACCUACUAGCCGACGCAUCCCUGCCUGGUUUGAUGACGCCGUCACCCGUGGGAACAGCCGUGGCUGCCGCAUGCACUGUGCCAUGACCCCCGGCCUCCAAGGCCGCCCUGAGCCUCACAGAGGAGCGCAUGGGACCGACCAGAGGGAGACUGAGGCACGUGGUUUUGGGAGGCGGGACAAGACAGGGCCUGGACUCACCGGAAAGGGGGCCUGGCUCCUGGAACGCAGAACCCCAGACUGUGGAGGCCUGGGCACCCAGCGCCACCCCUGCCCCAAGGCCGCGGGCUGAGCGGGGCCAGAGCUGCGGGUGCAGAGCCCCGGCCUCCGCUCUCAAGGGCAGCCAUGCACCUGUGAUCCUGCAGCUACGAGAAGGGAGCCCGAUGCCCAGGUGGCGAGCAGGGAGGAGACAGCACGUUGAUGAAGCGCGUUUGAAGCCUGGCUUCCGUUCCCGCCGUGUGCUCUGGCCCGCAGCCCAGGAACGUCCCCCAGCGCAGAUACAGCCCGACUUACGGACUUACAGUGGCUCUUCCGUGGACCCCACACCCUCGUUGGCCGAAGGUUGUCACUCUCAGUGCUGAAUUUGCAAGGUGUGUGUGUGUGAGCGUGCAUGUGCGUGAGUCUGUGUGUGCACAUGUGCAUGCUCAACCAGGAGACACGAUUUGGGCUCUUUUGAGGCACCUGGAAGUUGAUGUGCUGGGGAGUGACGCCUGGAGCCAGGUGAGAAUGUAUCAAACACCGCAUAAAAGAAAAGCAAAUUGUGUUUCCGAGGAGCUGAAGGGAGGGGCGGCUGUGUUGUGUGCAAGGGUCAGGUUCAUUUCAAAUUUGUGUCAGAAGACACGUCCCAGUCCGGUGCAGAUGACUGGCCCCAGCCCGGGCUUGAUUCCCUGGGUUAAAUCGGGAGGAAGCUUACAGGAUCAGACAGAUUCGCUUUUCUCUAGCGGGUGGAGGAUCCAUGCUGGGCGCCACUGCUCUAUUAAUCAGACUUGUCCGGGAAGGACCCAUCGUUUCUGUUGUCGUGAAACCCACAGUUACUUAUCACUUGGACAAGAUACAGGGUGAGUUUGCUGCUUCUCUGGGGUUUGUAGAUCAAGUCUCGAGUCUUGUUUUAUCCUCCAUGAGUGGUUUGGCCUCACUUUUAAUGGCCGCAUCCCCUCGACACAUUUGUUGUACUCAGAACCGAACGGCAAACGAUAGUCUUGAGCUAAUAAAAGCCAGUGUGGAGUUAUGGGGGAACUCCCAGAUUGGGGCUGGGUGAGGGUGUGAUGCAGGCGUGCGGAAACUCUGUAGCCCCAAGCCCUGGGGGCUGCCGCCUCCGGUGCACCCUCGGGUGUGUCCUGCCCAGGAAUAGCAGCCGUGCGGGCUGGCCAUUCAGGGUCUAGCCACGUGGGCUUGCAACCCAACUUCACCCUGUGGCCUGUGUGUAUUUGGAGCGUCAUGGUUUUGCAUGUCGUACAUAGCGCACACGCCAGACAUUCUGAACCACAGCUUUGUGAUUUGAAAAAGGGCAGACUAUGCAGGCCAGAGAAGCACGUAGACGUGUACCGAUGCUUAUGGAGUUGUUUAUAUGUGAAAGUACGUGGUGAAAAUGCCUCCCUGAAUGUUUUAAAUAAUAUUCCAUGAACUGCGCUUGUAUCCUCGCCGUGUUCCUGCAAGUGCCCAUUUAGUCACAGUGUCAGUUCUUCUCUUUAGACAUCGUUGUUUUUAUUCAUGUAUCCUGGCCGCCUCCUUUUCAUCUGAUUAUGAAAUCCAGCAUUUCAGGACUGGGGUUUUGCCAACCAAAAAAAACAAAAAAAAGAAAGAAAAGAAAAAAAAAAGGAAAGAAAAAAGUGACCACGAGCAUUUGUCUCUGAUUCCCGCUAGUCCAGUGAGCAUCUGAAGAAUUCAAGCAUUCUAAAAUAAUGUGCUUUUUCUAAAUCCUAGAGGAGACCUUUUAUGCUUAACCGAUGGGCUGGAUUGAAUUUGCUGAAAGUGUCUGUGCCCUGUUGUUACAAACCUCCUGGAACAGAAGUCUGUGGGUGACACGACUCUCUCAUGGAACGAGAGGAGGGGCCAGAAGUUGCCAGAAUUGUGGACGUGGACAUGCCGACAGCAUAGCGGUUCUCAACACAACCACACUGUGUCCACAACACGCAGAACCACACGGAUGUUUUGGUUUGUCUAAACUAGAAAUCCACGUGAAUCGCAGCUCCCUGGCUGCGCGGAUGUGCGCGCGCGCCUCAUUUCCACGGUCCGGAGUCCCGCUGCUGAAGGACUGUGCUCUUCCUCAAAGCGCUCUGCCCUGCGGAGCCUGUAGCCUUCAGGACACCCCGCGUGCCUUACACGACUGUGAAUACCACACUGGAUGUCAGGAAGGAGGGUGUGCCGGCAGUGGGUUUGGAGGCAUUGUGACGUCAGUCUACAGUUAUCAUCACCCCAUCACUGAAACCUUAAGGUGGAUUGUGUGUUUUAACACAGUAAUGGAUUUAUAUUUAGGCUCAGGAAAAUCAAGUUGUAAAUAUAUGUAUCAAAUCAUAUAUUUGUUUACUGUAUUUUAAAAAGCUUUAUUGUACAUUUAUGCAAAAACAAAUUAGGCCGUGUUUUAUCACGGCAAUAUGCCAGCCGGUGUUUGUGCUCUGGAGCAGCUCCUUAAGAAACACAUUCUAAACACGAUAUUCUGUUCAGUGCUAAACAGUAUUCACAGGCCUAACUAGGUUCGUAUGGUGGUCAAGUACAAAAUUUUACACAUAUUUUUGUAUUGUGAUUCCUAUGAUAUAUACCAGAGAAUUUUUACUCAUUUGUAAAUUAUUGUACAGUUUUAAUAAAAAAUGUUUUAAAUCUUAGAAUAUCAAAGUCACCCUCUUC